ACCACCUCCACAUCUCUCUCUCUCUUUCCUUUCCCAUUCUUAUCCAAAAAUAAUAAUGAAAACGGUAUUUACAACAACACUCAUUUCCCUAACGAGAAUAAAGAAAAGGAAGGAAGCAAACCCUUUUAUAAAAGCACACCAAAGGAACCAUAAUAAACAACAACGUAGGAGAAAGCAAACCCUCCACAACACAACACAACACCACACACAGAGACACAACCUAAACUUCCACGCGUUAUAAAAACCACCACCUGCAUGCUUACAAUGGCCACCAGAAAAACCUACUUCGCCGCACGGAGCCACCGUUUCCUCCCCGUAGCUCCAGACACGGACUCUCUUUCCCUUUCCGUGGAUUCCGAUUCCGAUUCCGCGUUCGAGUUCCACGAGUCCGAGAUUUACGACUCGGGCCGGGCCAACUCGUUCGAGUGCCGCGGAUCGUUACAUGGUCGCGCCUCUGGCUUCGCCAAGAAAAAGGGGUCUCCCACCACCGCUCCGGCGUCGGUGCCGGUGAACAUCCCCGACUGGUCGAAGAUCCUCGGCGGCGAGUAUCACCGGCGGAGGAACAGCGACGAGGAGAACGAGGAGAACAGUGUGAGGGUGCCACCGCAUGAGUUCCUAGCGAGGACGAGGGUGGCUUCGUUUUCCGUGCACGAGGGUGUUGGGAGGACCCUCAAGGGAAGGGAUCUCAGCACACUCCGAAACGCCAUUUGGGCCAAAACCGGUUUCCAAGACUGAACAAAAAAAAAAAAAGAGAGUACAAACACACUUAACCAUCUCCCAAAUCUUCUUUUUUUUUCCUUCUAAAUUUUUGGGUUCUUUUUUUGGUUACUACUGUAAUUGGUAUGUAUUUUUGGUUGUUAAUUACGUUCGCGUAUGCUGUAUGCAUAUUAAAUGUAAGGUUUCGGUUAUUAAUUCGAAACCUGAGGUUUGUAAUUUCGUGUUUACGUGCCCUCUAAAGGAAUAUAUAACUUUUAUCAAUGUUGACGUUGUUUUGA